AUGGCCAAGUCCAAGCCCGCCGCCGCCUCCUCCUCCUCGCAGGCGCCGGCCGACGCGCACAACGAGGACGGCGAGGGCUUCCGCGGCUCCAAGAGCUUCCAGGAGCUGGGCGUGGACGCGGCCAUCUGCGAGGCCAUCGAGGCCGUGGGCUGGUCGCAGCCCAGCAAGAUCCAGCAGCAGGCCAUCCCGCACGGGCUCGCGGGCAAGGACAUCAUCGGCCUGGCCGAGACGGGCUCGGGCAAGACGGGCGCCUUCGUGAUCCCCAUCCUGCAGAGCCUGCUGCGGAACCCGCAGCGCCUGUACGCGCUGGUGCUGGCGCCCACGCGCGAGCUGGCCUACCAGAUUGGCGAGCAGUUCGAGGCUCUGGGUGCGUCCAUCGGCCUCAAAUGCGCCUGCGUCGUGGGCGGCAUCGACAUGAUGCAGCAGCAGGUGGCGCUGGCCCGCAAGCCGCACGUGGUGAUCGCCACGCCCGGCCGCCUCGUGGACCACCUGGAGAACACCAAGGGCUUCAGCCUGCGCACCAUGAAGUUCUUGGUCCUGGACGAGGCUGAUAGGAUGCUAAGCAUGGACUUCGAGGAGGAGAUCAACCAGAUCGUGCAGCUCAUGCCCGCCGAACGGAACACGUACCUCUUCAGUGCCACCAUGACCUCCAAGGUGCGCAAGCUGCAGCGCGCGUCGCUGAAAGACCCCGUUAAGGUGGAGAUCACGCACAAGUUCGCCACGCCUGAAACCCUCAAGCAGCACUACCUCUUCAUCCCGGCCAAGUUCAAGGACUGCUACCUGGCCUACGUGCUGAACGAGGUGGCCGGUCAGUCGGUGUUAAUCUUCGCCAGCACGUGCAAUGGCACGCAGAAGGUGACGCUCAUGCUGCGCAACCUCGGCUUCCAGGCCAUCUGCCUGCACGGACAGAUGCCGCAGCCGAGCCGCCUCGGAGCGCUCAACAAGUUCAAGGCCAAGGCGCGCAACGUGCUGGUGUGCACGGAUGUGGCCUCGCGUGGUCUGGAUAUCCCGAGCGUCGACGUGGUCAUCAACUACGACAUCCCCACGCACGGCAAGGACUACAUCCACCGUGUCGGUCGUACGGCGCGUGCCGGUCGUGCCGGUGUGGCCAUUUCGUUCGUGACGCAGUACGACGUGGAGCUGUACCAGCGCAUCGAGCACCUGCUGGGCACCAAGCUCGACGCGUACCCGUGCGAGGAGGAGACGGUGCUCGUGAUGUCGGAGCGUGUGAACGAGGCCCAGCGUAUCGCCACGAUUGAGAUGAAGGAGUCGGUUGCCAACGGCUCCGGCUUCAAGCGUGGACGCUACGGGAAUGACGAGGGCGAUGACGAGGAAGGAGGCGAGAAGCGAUACAAGUCGGCUGGCCGCGUGCAAAAGGGUGGCCGCGGAGGUGGCCGUGGCGGAGGUCGCGGACGUGGUGGACGUGGAGGCCGCGGAAAGCGGAAUUAG